AGAGGCCCAGCGCGAGUCCUUAGAAGGGCAGAAGGCGGGGAAGGGCCGCUCCUCCCCGGGUGAAGGGAAGGGUGGAGAGGCCUCUCCCGGCCCAGACGGACGGCUGCAGGGACGGUGCAGAGGAGGACCGGCCCAGCCAUGCUCCUGGGGCUGCUCUUGCUGCUCGGCCCGGGGGUCUCUGCCGUGGAGCCCCCCCCGCCCCACGCCUCCUGCAGCGCCGAGGCCUGCUUUGCGGUCUACUUCCAGCGCAGGACCUUCCUGGAGGCCUGGCGCAGCUGCCGGGAGCUGGGGGGCAACCUGGCCACCCUCAAGCGGGACCAGGAGGCCUCCCAGGUGGGGCAUCUGCUCCGGAGCCAGGCUGAGCCCCUGACGGAGCGGCCCCGGCGCUUGUUCUGGAUCGGCCUGCAGCGGCCCCCCCGGCAGUGCCACCCCCAGCGCCCACUCAGGGGCUUCGCCUGGACCACCGGCGACCAGGACACCGGUUACACCAACUGGGCCUCGUCCGCCGUCGGAAGCAACGCCGCGGGCUGCUCGGCUCCUCGGUGCGUGGUGCUGGACGACGUGGACCUGGAGUGGAUCGAGGGGUCCUGCACGGUGCCGGUGGACGGCUUCCUUUGCCGCUUCGCCUUCCGCGGGAUGUGCCCCGGACUCGACGGGGUGUCCGGCGAUGUCCAGGGUCUCGACGAUGUCCGGGGUCUCCGUGCCGUCAGUUACAGCACCCCGUUCGGCCCCUCCGGCCCCGGCUUGACCUUCGUGCCCUUUGGGACGGUGGCGGCCGUCGUCUGUGCCGGGACGGAUCCCUCGGGGCCGUCGGUGGCCUCGCUGCUCUGCCUCGAGAAAGAGGACGGCUCGGUGUCGUGGUCCGAGACGGCGGGGCUCCCGUGCCCGGAGCAGAGCGCCCGAUUCCCGACGCCCGGCGGUUGCGAAGGAGACAACGGCGGCUGCCAACAGCUCUGCCUGGACGAAGCCGACGACGACGGAGUAGACGGAGGCUACUCCUGCGAAUGCCACGACGGCUACUACCUCCUCCCCGACGGCCACUCCUGCGCCGAGUCCUCCUCGGACCACGACCCGUGUCCUUGUCCGUUCGGGUGCCAGGCCUCGCCGGACGGCAGCCAGCACUGCCAGUGUCCCGCUGGUUAUGAGCCCAGUGACGAUCACCGCGACUGUUUGGACGUUGACGAAUGUGCCGACGUGCCUUGCGAACAUCAAUGCGAGAACACCGAGGGCUCUUUCCUGUGCCGUUGCCACCUGGGCUUCGGCCCUUCCGAGGAGGAUCCCGGCCAGUGCGCGGACACGGACGAGUGCCAGUUCCCGGGUGUCUGCCAACAGAUGUGCGUCAACUACGUGGGUGGGUUCGAGUGCUAUUGCACCGAGGGAUACGAGCUGGACGCCGACGGCAUCAGCUGCCUCUUGGUGGCCAAUCUGCCGGCUUUGGCCACCGCUGAGAGCCGCCCGGAAGGCGCCGGCGGGGGCUACUUCCAGCCUUUCGGGCACGGCUGGCCCCCCGAGCGGGACUUCUUAGACGACCGCUGGGCCGCGUCGGAAUCUUUCUCGGUUUUCCGAGACGUCAAAGAUUACGAAGAGGACGCCUCGUCUUCGGCGCCGGAUCCUCGAGUGGUGCCGCGAAUGGUGCCGGACACAGAGCCCCCCGAUGCGGAGCUCGAAUGGACCCCCCAAUCCAGCCCUGUGGCCACUACUAAUCACAACCCCACUCACACUCCCGAUCCCACUCAAUCCCAGUCCAGCCCAGUCCCGACCACUCCUGAGAAAACAACUCAACCUCCACUGCUCUCGACCGGUUUACCCGAUGUCGAGAACGGUGCGGUUUGGAGGAUGCGGGUGCUGCCGGCCACGCCGACCCCGCCGCCGCCGCCGAGUCCGACCCUAGUCGCCGAGCAGAGGCGGGAUGACCGCUGGCUCCUGGUCACCCUGCUGGUGCCGCUCUGCGUCUUCCUGGUCAUCAUGCUGGCCCUGGGCAUCGUCUACUGCACCCGCUGCGGCGCCCAGGCCAAGGCUCGGAGCGUCACCCAGUGCUACCGAUGGGUCAGCAGCUCGGCCGGGAAAGGAGCCCCCCCGCCAGCGCCCACCACCACGUGCCGGACCAGCGUCUGAGCCGCACCUUGGGCCCGGUGCCCCUCUCUCAGGACACACACUGACACCGCUGCUGACCGUUGAGCAGAAAAGAUGCAACACCCUGAAUUCUGUCCCUGCAACCCGAGCGGGGACGGAGCCAGAACUUGCUGUUUCGGGACUACAACUCCCAGCAUCCUUGAGUUGUAGGCCAACAAAGAGCAGCUUUGGACUCCUUCCCGCGCCGCACAUCUGGGACACACUGAACCGCAAGGGGUCUCUCUCUGGCCAGUGGACGAUGGGGUGGACGUCAGCCAACGCCGAGGGGUGGACAUCAGCCAAUAACGAGACCUUUGUGUCAUGAUCUCCGAUCUUGACAUCUCCAGACACAGCCAUAAAACAGGCCAGCCAUAAAACCUCAAUGACCCUCUGGUAUGUGAGAGCCCCUAAAUAAAUGGGCUACAGAGAAGAUUCUGGUAUUCUGUACAAUAAAACCUGUUGGAAUCUACCAGCGUGUGUCUUGGACGGGCCAGCCAUAAAACCUCAAUGACCCUCUGGUAUGUGAGAGCCCCUAUAUAAAUGGGCCAAAGAGAAGGUUCUGGUAUUCUAUACAAUAAAACCUGUUGGAAUCUACCAGCGUGUGUCUUGGACGGGCCAGCCGUAAAACCUCAAUGACCCUCUGGUAUGUGAGAGCCCCUAUAUAAAUGGGCCAAAGAGAAGGUUCUGGUAUUCUGUACAAUAAAACCUGUUGGAAUCUACCAGCGUGUGUCUUGGACGGGCCAGCCAUAAAACCUCAAUGACCCUCUGGUAUGUGAGAGCCCCUAUAUAAAUGGGCCAAAGAGAAGGUUCUGGUAUUCUGUACAAUAAAACCUGUUGGAAUCUACCAGCGUGUGUCUUGGACGGGCCAGCCAUAAAACCUCAAUGACCCUCUGGUAUGUGAGAGCCCCUAUAUAAAUGGGCCAAAGAGAAGGUUCUGGUAUUCUGUACAAUAAAACCUGUUGGAAUCUACCAGCGUGUGUCUUGGACGGGCCAGCCAUAAAACCUCAAUGACCCUCUGGUAUGUGAGAGCCCCUAUAUAAAUGGGCCAAAGAGAAGGUUCUGGUAUUCUGUACAAUAAAACCUGUUGGAAUCUACCAGCGUGUGUCUUGGACGGGCCAGCCGUAAAACCUCAGUUACCCAUUGGUAUGUGAGAGCCCCUAUAUAAAUGGGCUGCAGAGAAUAUUCUGGUAUUCUGGCUGGCACAGAACGGCCUCCUCUUGCCAACUGGGAUAUUCUACACCCGCCAGAGGCCCCGGCUGGGCUCAGUAUCUUCUGUGCUAGACUACAAGGCCGCUCAGUCCAACCCCAUUCUGCCACCAUCGAAACCGUCCUAACAGAUGGCCAUCCAACCUCUGGAUGACCUUAUCUCCGGUAUCAGAGAGGACACGCCUUUCUGUCCCUGGAGCUGCAUUGGCCUCGAACUCAGGACUUCCUCCCCGGCAACCCUUUGGUGACUUGACCAGGUGCUAUUGGAGCGUCACCUGGACAGGUGUAGCUUUUUCACCGUUUUUUCCCAGUGGAGCUUCUUCAUCUCUUCUCAUAUCUUCCCAACUAAACAUGAGACUUGGAGCUUAUUGGAGCUUCACCUGGACAGGUGUCGUUUUCUCGCCGUUUUCUCCCCCGUGGAGCUUUGUCUCUUCUCGUCUGUUCCCAGGGCGGUCCAGUCCGACCCCAUUGCGCCACCACCAGAGCCCUCCCAACAGAUGACCAUCCCGCCCCUUGAGGAGACUCCACCAGAGCUGGGGAUGGGGGGAGAUGGGGUCUCUGGACUCUGCCUCUGCCUCCUCAGGACCAAACUUGGAGACCCUCCCUCCCCCUUGGUUGGGCCCUUGGGGGGUGGGGGUCCGGCCCUGGCUGGCAUGGGCCCCGAUCCGUGCCCCAAAAGGACACCUUCCGGACACUCGGGCACAGUUCGGACAACAAGAUUUCUGACUUCUUUGUGAGUGUUCCAAGGGAGGGGGCUUGGUCCGUGCGGUCGCAAAGAUGGGGAGGGGGCUCCACCCGGACCCACUGGGGUCCCCUGAGGUGCGUUUCCUUCUCUUUCCUUUGUGUGAUAUUCCGUCCAAUAAAAAGGACUGGCCCCUC